AUGGACUCGGCAUGUCCCACCGUCCGCACACAGGAACAAGGACAGACUCAGCCUGUCCCACUGUCCCUCACACACAGGGAGAGGGACAGACUCGGCCUGUCCCACCGUCCUCACACACAGGAACAGGGACAGACUCGACCUGUCCCAGCGUCCGCACACAGGAACAGAAACGGCCUGUCCUACCAGGGGGGACACACAGGAACAGAAAUGGACUCGGCAUGUCCCACCGUCCGCACACAGGAACACGGACAGACUCGGGCUGUCCCAUCGUCCGCACACAGGAACAAGGACAGACUCGGCCUGUCCCACUGUCCCUCACACACAGGAACAGGGACAGACUCGGCCUGUCCCACCGCCCCUCACACACAGGAACAGGGACAGACUCGGCCUGUCACACCGUCCCUCACACACAGGAACAGGGACAGACUCGGCCUGUCCCACCAGAUAAUCAGUCCGGAGAGUUCCCCUGACUGUGACGGAAGCCCCCCCAGCGGCGGAGCCCCCAGCCGGGCGCACAGGAAGCCCCGGGUCCUCUUCUCCCAGUCCCAGGUGUCCGAGCUCGAGCGGCGCUUUCUGCAGCAGCGCUACCUGUCCGCCCCGGAGAGAGAGCACCUGGCCCGCGUGCUCACGCUCACCUCCACGCAGGUCAAGAUCUGGUUCCAGAACAGGCGGUACAAAUGCAAGCGGCAGCGGCAGGACAAGUCUCUGGAGCUGGCGGGGUUUCCCGGACCCAGGAGGGUGGCGGUGCCGGUUCUGGUGCGGGACAGCAGGCUCUGCGGGGCGGGUUCGCCUUCAGCGCCGCCGCCGUACAACGUGACUCUGGGACGUUAUAAUUCGGUAUUGUACGGAAACAGCGGCUUGUACAGCUGCGGUUAUCACUCACCUGCACAGCUGGCUGAGUUAACAUGUGGAAACAGCGAGGAGGCCUUUAACCACGCGCACUUCCAGGUGUCUCUACAGGGAGUCAGAGGCUGGUGA